AUGGCGAUUAUAUCCGAGUACAUCAAAGCUUGUGACUGCUUUCAGAGCAAGGUGCAUUUGGACCAACAGCUGCAAGUCGAGAAAGUGUUCACGGUACGGAAAGUACAAACAUCUCUGGAACUGGCUGGCGCCGGCAAAUCGUACAAGCUGAAGAACGAUAUGAACGCCGACGAAACAUCGUUCAACUCUGCAACUGACCUCACUGGAAGUGGCAUUUUGUUGAAACAUAGCGUAGACUACUCGCACAGAGGCGGCCAGAGGUCUCUGAAGGAGCACUACAAGUACAACGAAGAAGAGGCAAACACGGAACGAUCGUCACGAUACAGUGCCAAUGCGAUGCUGCGCAACGCGGACAAGAAGUACAGUUUCGAAAUGGACGUGGUCGGCGACCGGGGCACUGUGAAGCUGCAAACACCGAUUCAUGCCAUCAGCGCGGCACAGGUACGAGUGCUGAGGAAAGGGCCGAACGAAUUCGAGCUUCAGUCAGAAAAUAGAGGUGGUGGCAACAUAAAAGCUCAUAUCAAAACUGCACAGAAUGACAAACUUUUCAAAAUUAUGAUAACUGAGAUCCCGGAGCCGUUUGAACUGCACUUGGCGAAUGGAGAAGUCGGUGGUACGCAGAAAUCGCUCGCUGAACUUACGCUGAGUCCUGCAGGAGAAAGACGAACGUAUGGCUUGGAGAAUGAAGUCGAAGGCGAGGGGCAAACAUUCCGCGCCAUGCGACUUACUGUCAAGCAUCCGAAGAGAAAGAUGCAAAUUGAACUGCUCCGGCCGGCCCACAACAAAUACGCCCUAUCGUUACAGUAUGUACCGAAUGUUGGCGGAAAUCGACGUGCAACAGUGGCGGAAAUGACAUACGACAAAACUCCUGAUGGCUACCGUUGGGAAGGCACCUUUUCGGAUGAAGCAUUGCGGCGACCACUGACCGCGAAGAUGAAUUUCAAGAGGAACGAACGGAACUCGCAGAACUACGGGAUGGAUUUCUAUACUGAAUUUGACUACAGUGGUCAGCCGGAAAAGCUGCUUUCGAGUUCAUUCCACCUACAGCGAAGCGUGGUCACAUCAGGACAUUGGAGGCGGCAUGUGAAGCGCUCACCUGCAGCGAACGAUGUACGUUUUGAAGCUGAGCUAAAAUGCACGCAUCCGGCG